UCAGAAAAUGCCAAGUCUGAGGGCACGUUCCAGGUCACCAUGCUGCCCGGAGACGGGGUGGGCCCGGAGCUCAUGCACGCCGUCAAGGAGGUGUUCAAGGCUGCCAGCGUGCCUGUGGUCUUCGAUGAGCAUCACCUGAGCGAGGUGCAGAACAUGGCGUCAGAAGAAAAGCUGGAUCAGGUGGUUGACUCUAUGAAGGAAAGUAAAGUGGCCCUUAUAGGCAAGAUCCACACCCCCAUGGAGUACAAGGGAGAGCUGGCUUCGUACGACAUGAGGCUCAGGCGCAAAUUAGACUUGUUUGCAAACGUUGUCCACGUGAAGAGCUUACCCGGCUAUAAAACACGGCACAACAACCUGGACCUGGUGAUCAUCCGCGAGCAGACGGAGGGGGAGUACAGCUCCCUGGAGCACGAGAGCGCGAAGGGAGUCAUCGAGUGCCUGAAGAUCAUCACGCGGGCCAAGUCGCAGCGCAUUGCCAAGUUCGCCUUUGACUACGCCACCAAAAAAGGGCGCUCUAAGGUCACGGCAGUGCACAAAGCCAACAUUAUGAAAUUAGGCGAUGGGCUCUUCCUGCAGUGCUGCGAAGAAGUGGCAGAGCUGUACCCCAAGAUCAAAUUCGACACCAUGAUCAUUGACAACUGCUGCAUGCAGGUGAGGCUCCCGUUCCCCUGCCCCAGAGCCCCCCGGCACCGCCUGCUGCUCCUGAGCCAAGUUCGGACACGGGACUUGGGCGGUUACUCCACCACUUCUGACUUCGUGAAGUCUGUGAUUGACAACCUGCACCCCCACUAUGGUGCCUAG